AUGGUGAAUGAGACAUCAGAAUCAAUGGGCUCUGAAUCAGUUGAGCGAUCAAUGUCUUCACAAGGCUUAAGAUUCUCAGAUCGGAGAGAACGGGAUUUACUCAAAACCUAUCUGGAACGAGUCAAUCCUCGAUACCCAUUCAUUCACGAAAAGAAAUUGAUGGAAUGGUACUCUUCGUGGAAGGAUUUGCAAGGAUUCGGAGAUGGGCUACCGGCUGAUGAGAAAUGGAAGUCGUUCUUCGUUCACAUGGCUUUUGCAGUAAGCCUUCUCCUCACUGCUCAGGUAUCGCCAGAAGAGAGACAAUUGUCAAAUAAUGCAUACUCGGUUGCCAUUUCAUCCCUCGGGGCUGUGAUUGAGAGACCUGAUCCAGUCCUGCAUGUUCAAGCAUAUCUAAUGUGCACGAUACAUGCCCUUCAUUCUCCUUCCUCCCAUAACGUUCUGACCACUAUUGCAACUACGAUGCGAUGUUGCGUGAUAUCUCAACUGCAUCGAUCUCAGUAUGAACCUCGAGUUCAAGAUGCCUCCGGUUUCCUCCAGCUUCAAAUACGACGUCGAGUCUUCUGGUCUGCUUAUGCAAUUGAUCGAUUGAUCAGCUGGAUCUAUCACGUUCCGUGCAGUCUCAUGGAUGAAAAUAUCCAUAUUGAGCUUUUUGCAAACAUGAACGACAAUGAAAUCGAGCAAUGGCAGCCAAGAACCCAAUUACAAGCAGAUGUUGUGUCCGUCCCCCGACAAACACAAGUCUCUUCUGCUCUCCACCUGAUUCGUGUGAGAAGAAUUCAGUCGCGUAUCCUUGCCAUCAUGAUGCGCUCCGAUUACGAUACAAUAUUUGCACCAAAUUAUGAAUGGAGACUGCACAUGCUGAAAGAGCUAGACCAAUGGAGAAAUCAACUACAGCCCCAUAGUGACCCGGAAUCUCGAGGGUACACCAGUCAAGGGUGGGUUGGUAUGGCUUAUAAUUAUACAGUUUUACUCUUACACCGACCGACCAAGGAAAAUGUCCGAGGGUUUGUCGGAGUGAAGUGCCUACAGGCCUGCGCAGAUAUUCUGUCUGUUUUUCGACAGUACCAAAAGGAUCGACAGACAGCGCAGCUCUGGCCAGGGCUUCUCAGUCAAUUUGGCAUCGGUAUCACGCUUCUAUAUUGCCUUUGGGCAACGCCCCCAUCCUAUCGAACCGAUGCAUACUGUUCAUCGGAACCACUAUCAGCAAUACGGACAUGCUCUGUCAUCCUUGCUGUGUUUGCAGAACAGUGGAGAGAAGCUGAGCCACUGCGCGAUUUGUUCGAUACUCUCUCCGCAUCGAUCCCGUAUCACCAUCUUGGUGUCGCAGGGCAUACUAAAAAUACACUCUCCGCCGAAGCAGCGAGUGUAAUUCAUGCGGCGUGGCCUCAUAUCACCUCGCUGGUCGUGAAUGUGGAUAUCUGUAGGAUGAUCACUGAGAUGGCUACUGAGGACUAUCCAGGGGAUGAGAUCAACACCAAUGAUAUCAUCGCGUCGUGGCCUUCGGAGACUCACUGUCCUCAAACUUGUUACCUAUGUCGAGACAAAAUAUUGACUCAAAACACACCUUUAAUGGAGACUUUUGACUUACCCGAGCCAGGUGGCGGGCCACAAGAUGAUAUAUUUGCCUUUCCUGAUCUGUUUGGAUCUGUUGAGUUCUGA